AUGCAGCCCCCAGCGGGAAGGUUCGCCCCUCGGGUCUCCAGACAGCGGGGCGCCCUUGGGGUUGCAGCAGAUAGUGCUGCAGAUGAUCAAGCUGCUGCACCCCCGCACCAUCCAGCAGCGGCUGCUGCUGUUGCUGCUGCUGCUGCUGCUGCUGCAGGAGGUGCAGCAGCAGGUCCUCUCCGCGUCUCUCGCCCGCGUUCUAUUACCCGUGUAAAUCCUUACCCAGGAGCCCCCCAGGGUGCUGCUGCCUUAGGUGAGGGGCUUCCUCGUCAGUUUGCUGCUGCUUCUGCUGCAGCAGAUACAGCUUAUUGCUCACCGUUAUAUCAGUUAGCUUCCAGGUUGGGGGCUGAGGAGCUGCGCAGUUUGCUGCUGCUGCAGUGCAAGCUGCAGCAGCAGCAAACGCCACAGGGCCCGGCUCCAGUAGCGGCAGCAUCUGGCGCCGCAGGAGCAGCAGCAGCAGCAGCAGCUGCUGCUGCUGCUGCUGCUGCAGCGGACGGUGACUCUGUGGGGCGUCGCGUGCUGCGGCUGCUGCCGUUUAAAGGUCGUAGUUGGAGGGGUGUUGCAGAGGAAGUAGAGAAGCUGGGUCCAGCAGCAGCAGCAGCAGCAGCAGCAGGGGGCCUCCGCAGCAGCAGGAAACGCAAGCGUGCAGCAGCAAGGCUUGAUAGGCUGCAUCUGCUGCGCUGCUUGCAGUGUGGUAGAGUGCAUACAGCUGGCAGCAAAUUCGGAGACUAUGUGCUUUGCUCUGCAUGCGGUGCGUCUGAUUUCGCUGUUGGGGUUGAGCUUGCUGCUGCUGCUGCUGCUGCAGCAAGAGACAGCAGCGGCAGCGAGUAA